AUGAUGAUGAUGAUGAACUCCACUCAGGUUUCAUAUUUCACUCUCUCUGCUUACUUUGACACUGGAGCUUUUACAUAUCUAUAUUUCCUCAUCAUUUUGUCUUUAUACAUGUUGAUAGUUGGUUCCAAUGUGUUUCUCAUUGUGGUUAUCUGCAUGAACAGAAGCUUACAUGAACCUAUGUACCUUUUCCUGUGCAGCCUGUUUGUAAAUGAACUGUAUGGUAGUACAGGGUUGUUUCCAUUCCUUCUGCUUCAGAUCCUCUCUGACAUUCACACUAUUUCUAAACCUUUUUGCUACCUGCAGAAUUUCAUGUUAUACUCAUAUGGAGGUGUUGAGUUUCUAAACUUAGCCAUCAUGUCUUAUGACAGGUAUCUUGCUAUCUGUUAUCCUCUGCAGUAUAACACACGGAUGACAUUUAACAAAAUUGCCAUGCUCAUUGCAGUAACGUGGUUAAUACCUUUGCUGCUGUGUGUUGUGAUGACAUCAUUGACUAACUCUUUACAGCUGUGUGGGAACAUUAUAGAGAAAGUGUACUGUGAUAACUACUCUAUAGUCAAACUGGCCUGCUUUGACAUCACCAUCAAUAACAUCUAUGGACUCUUUAUUACCUCGCUCACAAUCCUUUGCCCUCUCAUUUUAAUUUUUUACACUUACAUGAAGAUUUUAAAGAUUUGUUUCUCAGGUUGUAAACAGAGCCGACAGAAAGCCGUCAGCACCUGCACGCCUCACCUCGCCUCGCUGCUCAACUUCUCAUGUGGAGCGAGUUUUGAAGUAGUGCAGAGCAGGUUUAAUAUGAGCAAUGUGCCCAAUAUUCUUCGUAUUGUUUUGUCAUUAUAUUGGCUCACAUGUCAGCCGCUCUUUAACCCUUUACUGUACGGCCUGAAUAUGUCAAAAAUCCGUAUGGUAUGUAAAAGUUUUGUCUUUGCUAAUAUGUAG